UCAAAGAACGUGUAACUCAAGAGGCAUCUGUGGUGCGAAUAUUUAGGGUGGGGUCUUCGUCCCUUAGCCUUCCCUUCAAACCAAACAUCAUCAUUCUUCUCUUUUCAACAGCGACCACAACACUCUCUUGUUCAGACUGUAUUGUUUUUUUUUUCUGUUUGUUCAGCCGUGCAAGGAUGCAUGGGAAAUCAUGGGCCUCUUCUGUGUUGACAUUUGAUUCUGCAACUUCUUGUUUUUGUGUUCCUGAUGUUACAACAUCUGCUCCAAAUAUUGUACCAUUCAGUGUAAACUUCUUGAGUAGGCUCCCGCAGAAAGCGACAGUUGGUACCUCCAAUAUUUCUCCAAAGAAAUGGGCGAUAUAUGUGAACACAGAGGGAAAGACUUGGGAAGCAUGCAGGCAGGCAUUGUCGGCAUUCGGUUUCAGCAUGGAAGAGGAAGACAAGAUACUCGGAAAGGCAUUUGGGCACGUCCAUUCACCAUAUUGGGGUGAAGAACGCAAGAAGGAAGAACCAAAGAUGGAAAUCGUUAAUGAAACAUUAGAAUAUCUAAGAAGUCUAAGUCUGUCAGACGAUGAUCUUUGCAAGGUGCUAAAGAAGUUCCCCGAAGUUCUGGGAUGCGAUAUCGAACAUGAGUUGAGAACAAAUGUGCAGAUACUGGAAAAGGAUUGGGGGAUAAAAGGUAAAUCUCUUAAAAAUCUUCUCCUUAGGAAUCCCAAAGUGUUGGGUUACAAUGUGGAUUGUAAGGGAGAUUGUAUGGCACAAUGUACUAGAUGCUGGGUUAGGUUCUAGUCUUGUUGUAUAGUAUUUUCAUGCAAAGGGAGCAUAUACAUAUAAUGGUUUUAAAUUCUUAGGCUC